GUCAUUCUCAUUCUACUGUUCCUUUUGAUCUCGUGCAUUCUAAUGUUUGGGGUCCAUCUCCUACACCCACCAUGGGGGGUUCCAGAGCGAUUUUGGGGUGAAGCUGCUCUUACAAUUGUUUAUCUUAUUAAUCGCAUUCCAUCAUCAGUCUUUAAUAAUCAGUCUCCAUAUGAGCGUCUACAUGGUACAUCUAAUGAGCUCUACAAUGCCUCACCACAUGCACCAACUAGUUCUAUAGAAGAUGAUCUGCCUGCUGGUAAUGCAUUAGAUAAUUUUGAGCCUUCUUCUACUUUCUGGUCUGUAUCACCUGUUGAUUCUACAAAUGAGCUUGUUGUCCCAUCCUCGAAGGCCUUUUCUAACCCUCUUUGGCAACAAGCUAUGCAAGAUGAAUUACAAGCUCUUGAGAACACUCGUACAUGUGAUUUAGUUGAUCUCCCUGCUGAAAAAUCUCUAAUAGGCUGUAAAUGGGUGUACAAGAUCAAAACACGAUCUGAUGGUUCUGUGGAGCAUUAUAAGGCACACUUGGUUGCCAAGGGUUUUACACAGGAGUAUGGAAUCGACCAUGAGGAGACAUUUGCUCCAGUUGCUUGUCUUACAUCUAUGUGCAGUUUGCUUGCUAUCGCUGCUAUGUGGAGAUGGAAAUUGUUUCAAAUGGAUGUGAAAAAUGCUCUUCUUAAUGGUAACAUAGAAGAAGAAGUUUAUAUGAAACCACCUUCUGGGCUCAACCAUCCUCCAAACAAGGUAUGCCAAUUGCGCCGUGCAUUAUAAGGGUUGAAGCAAUCCCCUCAAGUCUGGUAUACAAAGUUUAGUGCUACUGUGAGUGAGUUUGGUUUUACUUCCAGUCCACAUGAUAUAGCUUUAUUCAUUCGUAAGACUACUCGAGGUAUGGUUCUUUUACUUCUUUAUGUUUGUCAUAACUCAAAUUUUUAAUAUGAUUUUAUUUUAUUCUUAACUAAUAUAUUGUUAUCUUUGCU